GCCUAUAUGAGUAGAAGCUGUGGACAUCGAUAGCGAAACCAUGAGCGAACCUAGAGUCCUGGCUUUAGUACUUGAUGCCACUCCACUGAUUACUCAGCAUAUUUCAACACUUAAAACAUUUGCCAAGGAGUUCUACACCACUCCGACGGUGUACAAUGAGAUUAAAGAUGAGAAUGCAAAGAAGAACCUUGCACUAUGGGGAGAAUACUUACAGGUUAGACAUCCUAAAGCUGAAUUUAUAAAGAAAGUAACGGACUUUUCCAAGUUGACAGGUGAUUACGCUGUCUUGAGCGCAAACGAUAUCCAUAUUAUUGCGCUGACGUAUGAACUUGAAUGUGAGUUUAACCAUGGGGACUGGAGAUUGAGAUCGUUCCCCGGUGAGAAGAGGGAGUUCAAAAGAAAAGUUGAUGCCUUGAAAGAGAAAACUACUGUUGAAGCUGUGGCUGAUGCUCCUGUUGAAGCCGAGGUGGAUGCUGUUUCACCAGAACAAUCUAUAGGAUCUUCAGAACCUACUGAGAAGAAGAAGAAACCAAGACGCAGAGGCGGUAAGAAGAACAGAGAAAGAAGAUUGGCAAGAGAAGCUGCCGAGGCCCAAGAACAAGCUGCCUCUCAACACGAAGGAGAGCAAGAUCAGAAGGCAAAGGAGGAAACUGAGACCAGCAAGGUGAAUGCAGAGGAAGAAGUAUCACAAGGUGCUAUAAAUGAUGCACUGGACAAACUCGACGAGAAAAACCAAGCACAACAGGUUCAAGAUCUCGAAGAAACUUAUGAAGAUGAUGACGAUGAUGGUGAAUGGAUCACCUCGGAAAAUAUGCUAGACGUUUUAAUCAGGGAUAGUGGAGAGCAGAUUGAAAAGGAGAAAGUGAGCACCAAGAUCAAAGUUGCUCUUGCAACCGGUGAUUUUGCCGUUCAGAACGUCUCCAUGCAAAUAGGUCUUAACCUGAUGAGUACAGUCUCUGGAUUACAAAUCAAGAGGGUGAGGAACUAUAUGAUGAGAUGCCAUGCGUGCUUCACCAUGGUUCCGAUCCCAAAGAAUGGUCAACCAAAGCACUUCUGUCCAAGAUGUGGUGGUCAGACUUUGCUUAGAUGUGCCGUGUCAGUCGACUCCAAGACCGGUGAGGUGACUCCGCACCUCAAGGCCAACUUCGAGUGGCAUAAGAGAGGUGAUAGAUACUCACUUGCAUCUCCAUUGUCUAAGAACACUCAAAAGAGAAUGGGUAAGAAGGGAUUCGUCCACAACAAAUCUAACAAGCAGAAGGAGUACGAAGAGCCAAUCCUCAGGGAAGAUCAGAAGGAGUAUCAGAAGGCUCUUAAGGAUGACGACUGGUUAAGAAGAAAGAACGAGAAGAUCCUGGACGACUACAUCGGUGGGGGUUCGGCGGACAACUUUAUCUCGCCAUUCGUCGCCCAAGGCUUUAGAGCCCACGGUGUGAAGGUUGGAAAGGGAAGAUACGUCAACUCUGGCAGAAGAAGAAAGUGAGCGCUUCUUUGGAAACCAGAACAGCGAAAGAUUUAGGAGACAAAGAAAAGCAAAUACAUAUCAUUUGGUAUAUAAAGACAGUUGUAUUUUCUCUCUUAACCUACAAAUUG